CUCUUCUGAACCAUUAGCCACAUAUUGGAUCUCCGGAAUUGGCCUAAGAAAACUUCACACUUACCUCUCUUCUUUUCGAACGGCAGCUCCCUUGAGCUGGACUCGCACAAUGGCUUCUCAAGACAACAAUGUCUCUGAGAAGGCCGUCGUCACACUUGACGAAGGUCAAUUACGCCGUAUGUCUAUCAGUAAAGCCGACUACAGCCAUAUCGCCAAUGAUGCGGCCAAGGCUGCCAAAGCAGAAACGACGAUGACUCUCCGACAAGGACUGAAGAUUUACCCUUAUGCGGUCUUCUGGUCUAUCCUUUUGUCAACCUGCAUCGUUAUGGAAGGUUUCGACAAAACUCUCCUCAACAACCUCUAUGCAUACCCGCCAUUCCAGAAGAAGUUUGGUGUCCUGCUCGCCAAUGGAACUUAUGAGCUGACGGUCGCGUGGCAAACGGGUCUGUCCAAUGCCGCUUUGGUCGGUGAGAUCCUCGGCCUCCUGCUCAACGGUAUCGCUGCAGAAAGGUUUGGAUACAGGAAGACUAUCAUCACCGCCAUGGUUAUGGUUACUGCCUUUAUUUUCAUCGUCUUCUUUGCCGAGAACGUCAUCACAAUCCUCGUCGGCCAGGUCCUUCUCGGUGUUCCGUGGGGUAUCUUCCAGACUAUUACGACCACGUACGCCGCAGAGGUUUGCCCAGUCGCGUUGCGAGGUUACCUGACUACGUAUAUCAACCUCUGCUGGGUCAUGGGUCAAUUAAUCGCUUCUGGUGUUCUCCGCGGUAUGCUCACCCGUGACGACAAGUGGGGAUACAAGAUCCCAUUCGCCUUCCAGUGGAUAUGGCCAGUCCCAAUCAUCAUCGGUGUUAUCUUUGCUCCGGAAUCUCCAUGGUGGCUCAUUCGACGUGAGCGCACAGAUGAGGCCAGGAAGGUACUGGUCCGCCUUACCUCAAAGGAUCCCAACUUCAACGCCGAUGAGACUAUUGCUAUGAUGGAGCACACCAACGCCAUGGAGAAGGCCCACAACGCUGGCACAUCAUACUUAGACUGCUUCAAGGGCACCAACCUUAGGCGCACUGAAAUUGUUUGCUUUACGUGGGCAGUCCAGACUCUUUGCGGCAGCACGUUCAUGGGAUUUUCAACCUACUUCUACCGCCAGGCUGGUCUUGGUGUCGAGCACGCAUUUACAAUGAGUUUAGCCCAGUACGCUCUUGGUGCGAUAGGGACCAUCUUCUCCUGGAUUUUGAUGAGCUGGUUCGGUAGACGCACUCUCUAUCUUUGGGGUCAGUUUCUCAUGUGUGCUUUUCUGUUCAUCAUCGGCUGCCUCGGAAUCAUAUCUCGCGAAAACAUUGGGGCGCAGUGGGCCAUCGGGUCCAUGCUUCUCAUUUACACCUUCAUAUAUGAUGCUACCAUCGGACCAGUCUGCUACUCGCUCGUCGCCGAGCUCUCCUCCAACCGUCUGCGUGCUAAGACGGUCGUCCUUGCCCGUAUCCUCUACAACAUCACCGGCCUCGCCACCAACAUCAUCACUCCUCGCAUGUUGAACCCAACCGCCUGGAAUUGGGGUGCAAAAGCUGGAUACUUCUGGGCUGGUUCCUGCCUUCUCUGUACGCUCUGGACUUACUUCCGUCUUCCAGAACCGGCCGGUCGCACGUACGGAGAGCUGGAUGUCCUUUUUGAACAGAAGGUCUCGGCUCGCAAGUUCAAGAGCACUCUCGCUGAUCCAUUCCUUGCCUUGCAGGCUGAAAGAGAAGCCUACGGUCUGGAGUCUGAUGUCGAAGCGGAGAAAGUGGGUCCUACCGUCGAGAGGGUUGAGCGUGCUUGAGAUAAUUUUAACGGAGCUGGCGCGUGUUAGAGACUAGUGUGUGUUGAGAG